AACAACCCGCCCUGCGGGCUGCGGCCCUGCCCCGUACACAAACAAGGCCGUAGCCCGCAGCUUCGUCUGUUACGCUACGUCCGGUUCCCCACCGCGCCGUGUGAAAAAAAUGGCUGUGCCGGAGGUGGUGGUGGACGGCGUCGUCUUCCCGCCGGCGGCCCGCCCGCCGGGCUCCGCGGGCUCGCAUUUCCUCGGCGGCGCAGGUGCGUUGCGUCCCCGGUCCAGUCCAGGCGUGCGUGGCCUCGAGAUCGGAGGCAACUUCGUCAAGUUCACGGCCAUCGGCGUGUACCUGGAGGACGCGGCCGUGCCGGCGCUGGCGAGGAAGUGGGCCGGCAAGACGGCCGGCGAGCUCGCGUCCGACGCCGCCUUCUUCCGCGACGUCGUCACGGGCGGCUUCGAGAAGUUCGCGCGGGUGACGAUGAUCCGCCCGCUCACGGGCGAGCAGUACGCGGGGAAAGUGGCGGAGAACUGCGUGGCGUACUGGAAGGCGGCCGGCCUGUACACGGACGCCGAGGGCGUCGCCGUGGAGAAGUUCAAGCAGGUGUUCAAGCCCCAUACGUUCCCGCCGGGAGCCUCCAUCCACUUCACGCACUCGCCCGCCGGAGUCCUCACCGUCGCCUUCUCCAGGGACUCGUCGGUGCCGGUUGCCGGCGGCGUGGCGAUCGACAACAAGCUUCUCUGCGAGGCCGUGCUGGAGUCCAUCAUCGGGGAGCACGGCGUGUCGCCGGCCGCGAAGCUGAGCCUCGCGGCGAGGGUGUCGGAGCUCCUGACCAAAGGGACCGCCGCAGCCGCAGCCGCGCUGCGGGCGGAGCCCGUCUCGGUUACCGCCUGAGCGGUCCAGCGAACCGCGAGGAGAAAGAGAACCGAUCAAGCAAUCACGUCUGCCGCCCUUGCGUGCUCCUGCUCCGAACAGAUGCCACGACGGACGGUGACGCUGUCGCGUCUGUUUGCGCUGUGGCGUUGGCGUCGUGUCUCUGCCUUUCUGGCCGCAUGUGUUCGCUGUGGUAACAUUUGAAUAAAAGAAAACGCAGAUUUGUUUGCACUGCACC